UUUUUUCUUUUUUCUCCUUUUCCCACCGUCCAACACAAAACCUCGCUCACUCAGCCCACACAAACUUUCGACCACCCAUCUUAGCAACUUCCCGAUUACUCAAGUUACUAGGAGACCUUGGUCACUCAAUCUCCACAGAACGUCGCUCACUCAACCCGCUCAGACCUUGUUCGCCUAACCCACACAAACAUCUGCUCACUCAACUCACACGGAGCUUUGUCAGCUCAACUUACAAAAACCUCAAUCACUCAACUCAGAUGAACUUCGCGACCUCUCAACCUAUGCAAAGCCUCUAGUCACCGCUGUCCACCCAGCAUGGCACCUCACAAUGUGUCUGUGGGUGAAGCGAGGGAGCACAUCGCUUCCAUUAGGCGGGCGAGAGGCUUGGACACCAAUUCCGAGAAUAACAUGAACGCCGAAGACCUUCAUGCCGCUCUGGCAAUGUAUGCUAUUUCACUAAAGCCAUCACUAGAGAAGAGACUAAUUGGCUCUAGGCUCUCCGAACAGCUCUAUCAGAAGCCUACUCGCUUUAUUAUGGAACUAAUACGAAAUGCCGAUGACAAUGAGUACGGCAAUAAAGUACCUCGGCUCACUAUCACCCUUCGCGAUCGGCAGCUGAUCAUCGAGUGCAACGAAGUGGGUUUCAGCAAGCGUAAUGUUGAAGCCAUCUGCAGAAUCAACCAUAGCACGAAGGGCAAAAACAAGGACACCGAUGGCUACGUUGGCGAGAAAGGCAUCGGCUUCAAGUCUGUGUUCAAAGUAGCCGAUGUUGUGUGGAUUUCGUCGGGUAACUACAGCUUCAAAUUCGACAAGAGGGCAGUCCUGGGCAUGGCAACGCCCAUAUGGGAAUCAUUCCCUCACCCGACGAAGCCUGGAUACACACAUUUCUGUCUUCAGCUUUGCGAUGAAACUGACGUUGACGGCAUCCGCGAGGAGCUCCUUGCACUUCAGCCAAGCCUGUUACUUUUCCUCCGUCGGCUUCGCCAGCUCACAGUCAACGUGCCUAGCCUUGGCAAGAAACUCACACUUACGAGUAGUGAGGCCAGAAACUCUUCAUUCUACGAACGUUCGCUGAGCAGAGAUCGUACAACCAUAAGGUAUCUGGUUCAGGAACAUGUCGUAGACGAUAUGCCUCUCGAAGAACGUCGACCAGGCAUUAGCAACACCAAGAUUCUCCUUGCUUUCCCUAUGAGCGAGGCAAAUGAACCACUAUUGGAAGAACAAGAAGUUUUUGCCUUUCUUCCCAUACGUUCAUACGGCUUCAAGUUCCUCAUUCAGGCAUACUUUCUCUUAGUUGCUAGUCGAGAAGAUAUUGAUCGAUCCAAAAAAUGGAAUAAUCGAUUGCUAGCCGGCAUUGUGGAUGCCUUUGUUCAGGCCGUUGGAUCGUUUCAUGGCACUCACCUUCGAUAUCUAUGGCCACGUUUCUUGCCCCAAUCCAUACACCCGGGAUCUUUCCUACGAAUCGUGGAGCAGCGAACGUUGGACAAACUUGGUCAGCUACCAAUCCUUGAAUCAGAAAACGGAACCCUUGCAGAACCGGAAACGAUACGAUACGUUCCCGAGGGGUUUCGCGACGAAGAAGGCGAAUUGAUGCUUCCCGGUAGCAAGUACAGCCCUCUGUCGCACAGGUAUUCGAACUCCGACAUCCCACACAUUACUCGUCUCGGAGUGGAAAGCUUGAGAUGUGGAGAGUUUCUCAACGAAUUGAAGAACAUGGUCAACUUCCAAGAGAAGCAAUUCCAAAACAAACCGGAAAAAUGGCACAACAGCCUGGCAAAGACCCUUGUGACGGAACUUUCGUGGGACAAUCCAAGGCAGCUACCACUGCUCAGGCUCAUUCCACUUGAAAAUGGCCUGUGGAGCGCCGCAAAGAACGAGGUCAUAUUCUUCCAGAAUGACAAAGCUGAAAUCACAAUCCCGCCCGGACUGGAAGUUAAGGUUGCGAGUGUUGGGGCAUGCCGCAACCCAUUCAGACGCAACUUGUUUGUUAAGCUUGGUUUCAGGGUGUGUGACACAAAGCAGAUAUGCCAGGCCAUUCUAGAGAAACACGCUUCUCUAAUACGUUCAGUCCGUACUCUUGCCUCGGUCCCUUCCUUAGAUGAAGCGGUCAAGCAAGUAUAUUUUCUGUAUUCCUCACAGCGCCUCGGUCAGGCCCCCAGGAUACAAGAAAAUAGCAUCCAGUUCCAUGCCGAGAACAACACUCUCCAUUACGGAUCAAAUCUCUACCUAUCCGAAAAUGAGAUUUGCCCACUGAAAAAGUUUCUUGGAGGAUUCCCGCAAGGCACUAACUUCCUUUCUUCCUCCUACCUCGAACAGGUUCCAUCCUUAGAGCGGAAGAGCUGGUUCAAAUGGCUCCGCGACACAUUUGGCAUGUCAUCCAUCCCACGACUUGCCAACAGAAAGAACGCGUUCGCGUCUAUUUCGUUGACACCCCAGUUCGAACACAUUAUUGCCACUUGUGCUUCGCAAGAGGUUUUAACCCUUGUCAGAGAUCACUGGAAUGAUUACGCUCCUGAGUUUAAAUACUCUGAGAUUACAAGCAAGUUAGAGUCGAUGAAAGUAGCCUGUAAAGGGGGAUCUACUAGACCGUUACGAGAGACAUACCUACCCACAAAACAUCUGCUUUCGAAAGUUCCGCCAGGACACGCCAUACCUUUUCUGGACAUUGAAACCCCCGAGGAGACCAGUUGGCUGAAAUUCAGCCGUUUCGGGGUUCGUACUACAGACAAUGUGUCUUUCUACCUCAGCUGCUUGCAGGGCUUGCGCACUGUCUCCGGACCACUGGAGCUGCGUCGUGUAGUCGACAUUUAUGAACGAAUACAAGUACGCCUUUUGGAUUAUGAUCAACUUGCUCAAAAAGAGUUCCGCUCCGAACGUCUUAUCUAUCUCCCCCCCAAAAAGGGAUCAUCCAAUGUUGGCUCGUGGGCCAAAUCUACCGAAUGUCGCUGGGACACACCGGCAUGUAUCAACACCCUCUUCAAGAGCUACCUAGAAAUUCCCAAUGCGGAUAUUCACGACGUCAUCAAUGAAUUAAAAGGAAUUAAGCCAAUCCCCAAGGAAGUCCAAUAUGUCCGCAGUCUCUUUACCGAACUCAACACCAUGCUUAAGACAUGCAAGCUUAAUCUCGCGGAUGUAUCAUGCUUGAAGAGUCUUAAAAUCUUUCCAGUCAAGCGCCCUGGAGACUCUUCAAGCAUACUGGUUAGCGGUCUCGAGGAUUGGUUUGUUGCCGACAGAUCUUAUUUCAGAGCUAGCUUCGAUGCUGCCCUCAUGCUCCUAGACUUCCCUCCUGAAGCGGCAGAAGCAAUGGCACCACUUUUCAAAUUUCUUGGCUUGGGUCACAAAAUUCUUUCUGGGGCAGCGGCACAGGAGGUCCGUUACAUUGGUGACAUUACUCUCGACGAGGCUCAUACUACAUAUCUGCGGAGUAAAGCAGAGCACCUGAUUAGACUUACGCCGGUAUCGCAGAAAAAUUUGGUGACGGUUCAACUUGCCGGCAUGAGAGUUUAUGCCGCCACAAAUGUCACACUUGAACGCCAUGUCAAAAGCCAAAUCAAUCACGGCUCAGCCAAACCACAAACUGUAUACGGCAAGCCCGAAGAGGGAAGGGUGGUUUUCGAGUUGAACUCAGGGAAGGCCGAUGAAAAGGCUUCCUAUCAGAACCAAGACCUUAGCAUCUUUAUUGCUGUGGAAGACUUGAAGGAUGAAACCUUCCCACCAUACCAGCUUGCGGAUGAGUUUAUUAAGCUCUUCUGUAUCGAAAACUCCGGUUACAAGGCUUUGGUACCGCAUGUUAUCUCUACAAAAGACCCGACUCGGACUUACGAGAUGCUCGAGAGGCAUGAGGUUGACUCUAUUCAAGCCACCCCAACUGUAUCAGAGGACAAGGGGCCCGACAAAGAGGAUGUGGUCAACAGCAACCCAAAGCCCCAGAGAGAUCGGGUAAGUCCAAAGACCAACAGCAACGACCGUUCCAACAGGCUUUCGGGCACGCAAAGCUCAAUCCAUGCACAAACCUUCGGUCAACUUCACAGUAGGCCAAGGAGUCAACGUGGUACAGACUCUUUAACUAUUUCGAGCUCUGUGCAAGUACGUACUGAAGGAAACGAAGAAGACAAGCGCACAGGGUUUGAAGGAGAGAAGUUCAUGUACCAACUGCUCAAAAAUUGGGACGACAGCCUGACUCCGUCUGUUUGGACAAGCCAUUUCCGUGAAAGAGACGGACAUGCACCAUUCUCAGAGGACAGCAAUAGUGCUGAUUUUACGAUAUGCGCCGAGGACAAGCUUAAAAAGCGGCUGGUAGCGGAAAUUGCGGAGCAGCUGUCCACUGGUACUGCAGAGCGCUUAGUGGCCAGUAGUGACUCAGCUACUUUCCAUAUCGAGGUAAAGGGUACAAAGGGGCCUUGCGAGUUAGAGUUCUUUUUGAGCGACUUGCAGUGGAAGAUGGCUCGAGAAUACACCUGUCGAGGCGACGGAACGGUACCGGAGGACAUCUACAUCCUCGUAAGGGUGUUCAACAUUGACUCGACGCCACAAUAUCGUUUCUACGUUGACCCCUGGAACAUGUACAUGCAAGGCGAGCUGAGUCUGAGACCGCAGGGCGAGUACAUCGUCUCAAUCGAGGAGUAGUUGAUAAUGCUCAGGAAGUUUGGAAGAAGGAAAAGUUCCUGGGUAGUUUGAUCUCCUAGCCUCUCAAUUAGAUCGAACUUUGUAUGUAGUCACAUACUCAGAGGCUUGAGUAUACGAAUCAACGUAUUGCCGU